UCAUCCUGGUCUGACUCAUAAACGGUCUUAGCUCCAGACGGCGGCCAUUCGGUGCUAAGGGUCCCUGGCGUAACGAACUCUUGCGGCAAAGUCGCUUUCCGUCUGAAGGCAAACGGUUGCAGCACAAAAGGUAGUCCAUCAAGACAUGGAAUGAUUGGUACUCAUCCUCGGUGGCUUGCUUCACAUGGGCGGGAGAUGGGAAGUAAAGAUAGAAUCGACCGGCGCGUGUCUGAGAUACAUCCUUUCUGCUGCGUCGCAGCCAAGGGUAGCCCGACAUAUUCAUCUUUGACGAGGACAGCGUUUAAUGACUAUGCCUGUUCACUUCUUUUGGAUGUUUCGUGCUCUCGUUCUGCCCCCAUUUCACCCAUACCCUACGGCCCGACCAGUUCAGCCGCACAUGCAGUGGUCGACAAGCUGAGUCAGGGUGACAGACAGACAGGUCGACCUUCGUUGCGGGUUGAAGAGUGUCUCAAAUUUCGAGAACUACGCAUGAGUAUGGGUUUGAGUUUCUCCAUGCUCAUGCAGAGAGCCUCAAAACAUUUUUGGCUGGUGGGCUACGAAACGGAGAAUCAGCGAAUGACGGUCGCUCACGGACCCAGAUUUCAACUUCCUGCAGUUCUUGCAGAGGGCUCUCCCUUUACUUUGAAUCAGCGAUCAGUGCAUGCACUUCAUGGAAGAUAGGUAUGACGCACCGCGUUCAAGACACUCCGGCAUGCAUUCCGCACAGGCCUGGCACUUGAAUCCUCUCUCCGAUAUGUGGUCCCCAU